CAAAUCGUACAGCCAUUUUGUUUGUGGACUUGAUGCCGGUGUUUGUUUAUUGAUUAACUGCACCGCUAGAACGAUAAGUGAAACAUGUGUAAAGUUUGGUGAUUCUCGUUGCCGUUUCUUAUGCCGUGAAAAGUAAAUUUCGAGGAGCUGUUUGAACAGCAUUCCACCAUGAGUAAACGAAGACGAACAAGUUCCAUCGCCAGCAGAGGCCAAGAGGAUGACUCUUUAGACAGUAUAGAAGCGUCCACAAGUGGAGGGCCUUCCAGAAAACGUUUCAAAAAAAUGGACCCUCUGGAACUGUGCCACCAACUAUACGAUUCAAUCCGCACCCACAAAAAAGACGACGGAACCCUCCUUUGUGACUCAUUUAUUAGAGUACCAAAGCGUCGCCAAGAACCAGGGUACUAUGAAGUGGUCACAAACCCAAUUGACUUGUUGAAAGUCCAACAAAAACUAAAAACUGAAGAAUAUGAAGAUAUUGAAGACCUACAAAACGACAUUGAGCUAAUCAUUAACAACACUAAAGCGUUUUACAAAAAAAACUCGCAAGAGUACAAAGAUGCGAUAGAUUUGUGGGAGCUGUUUCUAACAAAUAAACACAAAAUACUCAACACGAAAGACGAGGAGGCCGAAGCAAAAGGAAAAAUCGUCUUGAAGGUGGGUAGACCAAGCAAGAAGGCGGGAACUCCUGUUGAAAUAAAACAGGAACUGGAACAUUCAGAGGACACCUCAGAAAGUUCCAAUUUUGAUGAAGAUGUAAAUAUGUACGAAGAAAUGUUCACGGCAAUCAUGACUGCCACAGACAACGAAAAUCGACCUCUGCACACCUCGUUUCAGUUGGUACCAUCAAAGAAAAAAUAUCCUGAGUAUUACGACGUAAUUGAGAGUCCCAUUGACUUGAAAAUGAUCGCCACUAAAAUACAAAACAACGAUUACGGUGGCUUGCUUGAGCUAGAAAAAGACCUCUUAUUAAUGACAAAGAAUGCGUGUUUGUUUAAUGAACCAGGGUCGCAGAUUUACAAAAAUGCGAAAGCUUUAAAAAAAGUGAUUCAAACCAAAAAAGGCGAGUUAGAGCAUGUAAAAAUUAAUUUAGGGAAAGGGAGUGAGCGGAUUCGGAAUAAACGGCUAAGAGGGAGCACGGCUCUGUCUGCUGUUACUGCGGCCUUGAGAGACGAUGAGUCAGACGGAGACGCAGAACCGGAAGAGCAGAUGGAUGAUGAAUCAAUUGCUGAUCCUGUAGAUGCUGAAAACCCUCAGUGGCAAUUAUUUGAGGCCGUACGUUCCGUUACGAGCAAUAACGGUGUGUCAUUAAGUGAGCCAUUUUGGAAGCUACCCUCAAAGCGAUUCUACCCUGAUUAUUACCGCGAGAUUAAAAAUCCGGUAUCUCUGACUCAAAUUAAGCGUAAACUGACCAAUCACGCUUACGGUACGAUAAGCGAAGUUGCAGGUGAUAUGACUGUAAUGUUCGAAAAUGCGAAAAAGUACAACCAGCCUAGUUCACGAUUAUACAAAGAUGCAGUGAAGUUACAAAAGGUCAUGCAAAUGAAAGUGCAAGAGCUACUUGACAUAGAUCAGGUAACAUACAGAGUCACUAACAAAAACCGAAAGGAUACAGACAGUGAAGUAGACUCUGAAGUUGUUGUGCGAAAAAAACCUGGGCCAAAACCAAAAAAUACUCAGUUAUCUGGGAAUACUCCUCAAAGAGGUCGACCACCUAAAGAUCCCAUUCCUUUAAAAAAACGGUUGCAUGCUUUGGCAAAAUACAUGCUAGAUUAUGCUUGCGAAGACGGCAGAAAACCUAUGUUAGGUUUCAUGGAAAAACCGUCAAAGAAACUCUACUCUGAGUACUACGAGGUGAUACAAGAGCCUAUAGAUUUUCUAGAAAUAGAGUCUAAAAUUCGUGCGGAUCAGUACAGUUCAGAGAAUGACUUAGUUAAAGAUUUUAAACUCAUGUUUUCCAACUGCCGCCAGUUCAAUGAAGAAAAUUCACCGAUUUAUGAGGAUUCGCUCGUUUUAGAAAAGUACCUCAUUGAUAAAGUCGGACAAAACGUGACUCCCGAAAAAAAAGAAAAAACCGUAGUGAGAGUGGUCAAACCAAGAAAAGUUCUUUCACCUCUGGAAAAAAAUCUAAAAACGCUGUACGACGCGAUUCGAGACUACAGAGAACCUAAAGCCAACAGGCAGCUGUCUCUAAUCUUCAUGAAACUGCCGUCGAAAAUUGACUAUCCGGAUUACUACGAAGUCAUAAAAAACCCAAUUGACAUGGAAAAAAUUUCCCAAAAAGUCAAAAAUAACGGGUACGAGACGUUAGAGGAUUUAGUUACAGAUUUUAUAUUAAUGUUCGACAAUGCGUGCAAAUACAACGAACCCGAUUCCCAGAUUUAUAAAGACGCGUUAGUUUUACAAACCGUGUGUUUACAAACUAAACUUCAGCUGAAGGAAGACGAUGACACGGUUCCUGAUGUAUCAGCCGCUAUUCAGGAUAUUCUCUUGAAUUUGUUUACCACGGUGUAUAAUCAUCAAGAUUCUGAAGAACGCUGCUACACCGACUCUCUAGCCGAUUUACCAGAACAUGACGAAAUCGACGGUAAAAAAGUUCGAGCCGUGUCCCUCGACUUAAUCAAAAGACGUUUAGACCGCGGCCUCUACAAACGUCUAGAUACUUUCCAGGACGACAUUUUCGCCUGUUUAGACCGCGCUCGGCGUUUGUCGCGUUCCGAUUCUCAAGUUUUUGAGGACUCGAUCGAAUUGCAGUCUUAUUUUAUCAAGCAAAGAGACGAACUGUGUAAAAGUGGCGAACUUUUACAAUCGCCUGCUUUAAACUAUACUCUCAUGGAUUUAACCACAGCGGUCGAGUCUCUACGACAGAGUAAACUCCUGGAGGAGUCGCUGGAAGAAGAAACGGAGACUCGCAGCUCCGACGACUCUAUAAUCAAAGAAACGAACAUCAACGUCGGCGAUUCGAUGACUUGCAACCAACAGACGUACAAAGUCGGGGAGUUUGUUUAUUUAGAUUCGAAGGAGAAGGGUUGCGACCCCCACGUUCUUUUGAUUGAGAGGUUGUGGACGAAUAAUGGGCAGCAGAUGCUUUACGGGAACUAUUAUUUACGACCGGCGGAAACUUAUCACUUAACUACAAGAAAAUUCUUGGAGAAGGAAGUGUUUAAGUCUGAUACACAUAUAGCGGUGCCUUUGGAGGAGGUGAAGGAGAGGUGCUGUGUUCUUAAUAUCAAGCAAUAUUUUACGAUGAAACCUGAAGGAUAUGAUGAAAGAGACGUCUACGUAUGUGAAUCGCGCUACAGCACAAGAAGUAGAAGUUUCAAAAAAAUUAAAAUUUUCCCCGAAAACCCGACUUUGAAGUUGGUGCCUAGAGAUGUUCCGCUGGAACCUAAAAGGGUGGUUUCGGUGUUCAGAGAACGCAUUGAAAAGCAUAAAGAUGAGUUGGCUGAGUUACAAGAACAGGAGAAACUUGUGGAGAAAGAUAAACCUAAUGUCGUUGUUUAUACUAACGUGGAAAUCGAGGAUGGGAACACUUACUAUGAACAGUAUAACACGAUUUGCAGCGGUGUUGUCAAAACCGGCGAUUUCGUGUAUGUUGCGGCGGAUGGCGGGCGGCAAAUGAUUGCGCAAAUUGACAGUAUUUGGGAUACGAAAGAUGGUAAAUGCUAUUUCCGUGGACCUUGGUUUGUAACCCCUAAUGAAAUUCCUCAUUCGCCAAACAAAUUGUUCUAUAAACAAGAAGUUUUUCUGUCCUCUAUGGAGGAUACGAAUCCGCUUGUAAGCAUCAUGGGGAGGUGCUCCGUUUUGGAAUUUAACGAUUACAUAUCAUGUCGCCCGACGGAAAUCACCGAAAGUGAUGUUUUUAUUUGUAAUUCGAUGUAUGAUGAGAUGAAUAGGCAAAUUCGGAAGUUACCCGCUGAAGGGAUUAAAAAGUUUUUCCACAGCAAUUUGGUGACGGAGGAUGAGAUUUACUAUUUCCCAAAACUAAUCAACCCUCUAAAGGCCACUGUAGAGAUGACCCAAGUGCAAGCGGAUCUCGUCAAAUCCCAAAACACCCCGAUUCACAUGGAAGUGGAGGCUUCGCCACAAUUAACAAAAAUGAACGACAUGGACAUUCUUAUGGACGAUUCGCUGGACGGUGGCCCGCCAUCAGUAGGUUCUGGAGACAUCCCGGCCGUAGUUUCCGCCCCCGGAACCACUUUAGCCACCCCAGUGACCAGCAAAAAGAAAUCCAGCAAGAAUAAAGUGGUCACCGGCUACAUCCUGUACUCACGGGAAGUCCGCAAACAAGUCGUCCAAAACAACCCCGAAUCGAACUUCGGCGAAAUCAGCCGCAUCGUGGGCAACGAGUGGCGCUCUCUCCCUGCAAGCGAAAAACAAGCAUGGGAAGAACGCGCUUCAAAACUAAACGAAGAAACGAAAGCGAUGCUAUUGGACGAACAGUGCGCAAGCCCGGCGCCGGCACCGCCUAAUCCAGAUACAGUGUACGAAUGUUUGUGGGAUAACUGCGACUAUCAGUUCGAGGAGCUGCAGGACUGUUUGGAGCAUUGCGUCAAGGAUAAAGAAUCUCAAGGGCACGUCCAGAGUUACUUUCAGACUAAUCCAGACGCCGAGUUGCAUUGCCAGUGGAAGAAUUGUUUGAGGAAUAAUAAGAAAAAUGUGCAACCGUUCCCUAAUUUGGCGAGAUUGGUGCGCCACGUGAGGGAUUUACACAUAAACAAGGGCAAAGGGAGAGUCGUGCCGCAAGGAGAUCGCAGCAAGAACUUCAAGCCUUCCAGUAAACCUGCGGCUGUUUCACGCCCGACCCCCACCGCUACCCCUAACCCUCCUGCUAGCAGCACCUUUAAUUCAACUGCCGGAUCUCACUCGACUAUAAGUAACACAGCGACGUCUGCAGCAACUACUACUACGACUGCUGCACAAAAACAGGAACCGAUGUUUAUUACGGUGCCUCCCAGGCCACAAAGAGUUUUACACUCAGAAGCGUAUAUAAAAUAUAUUGAGGGUCUACAGUCCGAUAAUAAGCAUAUUUCGCAAUGGGAGAAGAAUAUGUGUGCUAAUCAAGAGAACAUUCCAGCUCCUGAUGCAGACAAACUACAGAAUGUUACAGCUUGGUUGGGUAAAAAGGCGGAUCAACACGAUAAUGUGGUUACAGCCCUUUGGGCACUAAGGAAUAGGCUUUUAAACGAUACUUUAGGUUUACACAGAGUGUUGUAAUUGUGUAUAUUUUGAGUGUUGUAAUUUGUCAUAAAAUUUCUGAAAAAAUCAUUAAAUACAGGGAGUUUACAGCUGAA